AUGUCGACUACGAGGUUACCCUGCGUCCCUUCGAUUCGAAGGCAGCAGCUACAUCUGGAAUUCGCGAGCUUGCGGAAUGCGGCACCACCAGGGGUCUACGUGAGCCUGGCACCCAGCGACCCUACGCUCUGGAAUGGAGUCAUCUUCAUCCGCUUCCCUGACGUGUACCCCGACCUCCCACCGCUCGUGACCUUCGCAACAGAUGUCUUCCACCCAUUGAUCGUACCACUUACCACAUAUACAUUCAGCACAAACUCAGCAAGUGAUGACCCUGUGAGCGCAACUGACGAGGAGCGACUACCGCCUGGUGGGUUCAGCCUCCGUCACGGAUUUCCUCACUGGUUCGGAAGGGCCAGGCGACGAAGCGGUGUUGCGUCUGGAAAGACGUCUCGGAAUGUGAGUGGUACCAGUAUUGGCACUAUGUCCGGUAGUGUCCAGGCGGCACCAAGUGGCCCCAUGGCGGAGGGCAAUACGUCCGACGGGCGAGAUCCUGUAGUCGGCUCUCCGAGCAAUGCCGUCAAUGGCGAGGACACAAAUAAAAACGACGGCACUCCUCAAAUCGCUCAAGUGCCUUCUACAGAUCAAUUCGCGGAAGCCAAGAAAUUUGUGCCCGUCGCCGACUUAUUGAAUUAUAUUCGGUCAACUUUCGACGAUGCGGAGGUUCUGGACUCUUUGCCAUCUGAAGCAGCUGCCAACCCUGGGGCAUGGCACGCGUGGAAAGCGCAUCGCCGAGGUGGCGCUAGAUCUGGUGAUUUGAAGCGAGGGAAGCCCGCAGGCUCGGCUCCCCGGCGACUGGCAUUGGGAUGGCAUUUGGGCGCGUCGAGUACAGGACGAGAUCGCGGCGAGCCAUUCCGAUGCGAUGUUAUUCGCUUUUCUCGGAUGGACGAUGCAACUAGGAGCUCGGUGAAGGAGAAGAUGGAAUCGGUGGUGAACGUAACUAAAUCUUGA